AUGAUUGUUCCAACAGGUCCAUCCAAAUCCAUCAAGAUUAACAUCUUUGACAAACUUCCACGUGAAUCAACCGUCUUUAUUGCUUCUCAGUUGAACCAAACUGACAAGUAUAACUUGCUUAGAUCCAGUGGGUAUUUAUAUACCACAUUGUUGCCAACCCUUUAUGAAAAAGUUGUUGUCAUUUCAACUUCAACUUCAAUUAAUGUUCGUGAAAUUGGGAAUGGUCGUCGUGAAUUCCAUUAUCCAAAUGAUAAAUCAAUCGUUUCUGAUAAACGUGCUAUUAAGAAGUUUUUCAAGACUAUUAAUAAAACCGUUUAUAACCAUGAUGGGAAAAUUAGAAUCUCCACAUUGAUGAAUUUAUUCCAUUGUUAUUAUUCUUUAAUUCCUGAAGGUUUUAAAACUUUUAAUGAUGAUAGUGAUAAAUAUUAUACCCUUGAUGAUUUAGAGGAUACUUUUUUUGAUUGUUUCCAUGAGGCUUUUGAUUUUGAAAAAACUGAAAUUCCAAUCUCUGAAUUUUUCUGUUUGAAUGUUUUCAAAUGUUUGGUUAAAUUAACUUAUUGUAAAGAUAUUUGUGUUCCAUCAAUGGUUUAUUCCAAGUUGAUUUAUAACCUUGAUCAUUAUGAUUAUAUUAGGGAUAGGAAAGUUGAACGUGGUGUUGAUCAAACUUUUAAAAAUUAUUACAAGAAAUUUCUUAAAGGUGAAUUAUUUUUGGAUUUUUUCAGAAUUAGUAACGGAUUAAAAUUAAGUCUUUCAAAUUUAACCAAUAUAAGAGUUUCAUUUGCUGAUCCAUUCCUGGCUAGAAGUAUUUUGGGAUCUUGUGAUUCUUCAAAAUUGAAAAAAUUAACUUUGGAUCAUAUGUGUUGUGGUCAUGAUUGUGAAUCUGAUCAUUUGAAAACAUUAACUCAUGAUCAAUUGAAUAGGAAAUUCUUGUUGAUUGAUGAGUUUUUCAAAUUGAGCCAUAUUAAAUGUAUUUUCAAUAGAUUGCAAGAUUUGGAAUUGGUUUUCCAUAAUGGGUAUAAUAGAGCAGUUUUCAGAAAAUUUUUGUUUGGUAUUUGUCAUUUCAUUGUUACUCCUAAUAAGAAGUUUUCUAUAAUUGGUGGGAAAUUAAAAUUGAAAUCAUUAGUUAUUAGAGAGACAACUUCAAAUUUCACAAAGAUUAGAGAAUAUAAUCAUAAGAUAUCUGAUCAUGUUUCCCAAAUUCAUAGAAGAGAGGUGCAAAAAUCAUGUACUUUAUUACUUUUCUUGGAUUUGGUUAGUAUUUCAAAUUAUUUCACAAUAUUUGAUUUGAUUGAUUUUACAAAGAUUGAAAAAGUUGAUAUUUUAACCAAGUAUUUCCCUAAAGGUACAGAAUUGGAUGCCUUUUUAGAUAAAUAUUUCAAGAGUUUUUAUAAAAAUCUUAUAGUCAAUAUGAAAAACCCAUUAGCACCAAAUAUGGUUACAAUUGGUAUUGAACAAUAUGAUAAAUCAGUUAUGGUUGCCAAAGCUGUUAUUCAUGAUGAUGAGAGUGAAAAAGAUGAAAAUAAAGUUGCUGUUGUUGAAGUUGAGAAUUGA